AUGCUUGAACCAGCUACACAGUAUACUGGGAAGGGACUAGCUACACAGGAUACCAAGCUGGGACCGGCUACACAAGAUACAGGGCUGGGUCCGGCUACACAGGAUACCAGGCUGGGACCAGCUACACAAGAUACAGGGCUGGGACCAUCUACACAGGAUACCAGGCUGGGACCAGCUACACAAGAUACUGGGAAGGGACUAGCUACACAGGAUACCUGGCUGGGACCAGCUACACAAGAUACUGGGAAGGGACUAGCUACACAGGAUACUGGACAGGAUACCAUGCUUGGACCAGCUACACAGUAUACGGGGAUGGGACCAGCUACACAAGAUACCAGGUUGGGACCAGCUACACAAGAUACAGGACUGGGACUAGCUACACAGGAUACCAGGCUGGGACCAGCUAAACAGGAUACCAGGCUGGGUCCGGCUACACAGGAUACCGGGCUGGGACCAGCUACACAAGAUACAGGGUUGGGACUAGCUACACAGGAUACUGGGCUGAUACAAACUACACAGGAUACCAAGCUGGGACCAGCUACACAGGAUACGUGGCUGGGACCAGCUACACAAGAUACAGGGCUGGGUCCGGCUACACAGGAUGCCGGGCUGGGACCAGCUACACAAGAUACAGGGCUGGGACUAGCUACACAGGAUACUGGGCUGAGACAAACUACACAGGAUACCAAGCUGGGACCAGCUACACAGGAUACCUGGCUGGGACCAGCUACACAAGAUACAGGGCUGGCUACACAGGAUACUGGGCUGGGACAAACUAUACAGGAUACCAGGUUGGGACCAGCUACACAGGAUACCAAGCUGGGACCAGCUACACAGGAUACCAGGCUGGGACCAGCUACACAGGAUACCAGGCUGGGACCAGCUACACAAGAUACCGGGCUGGGACUAGCUACACAAGAUACUGGUCAGGGACAAACUACACAGGACACCAAGCUGGGACCAGCUACACAGGAUACCAAGCUGGGACCAGCUACAGAGGAUACCAGGCUGGGACCAGCUACACAGGAUACCAGGCUGGGACCAGCUACACAAGAUACAGGGCUGGGACCAGCUACACAAGAUACAGGGCUGGGUCUGGCUACACAGGAUACCGGGCUGGGACCAGCUACACAAGAUACAGGGCUGGGUCUGGCUACACAGGAUACCAGGCUGGGACCAGCUACACAAGAUACUGGGAAGGGACUAGCUACACAGGAUACUGGACAGGAUACCAUGCUUGGACCAGCUACACAGUAUAAGGGGAUGGGACCAGCUACACAAGAUACCAGGUUGGGACCAGCUACACAAGAUACAGGACUGGGACUAGCUACAUAG